AUUAAAUUUCACGAGGGCGAAAACUCACCGCUCAGGAUAUAAAGUUUUCCAUCUUCGUCUCGUCAUUCUCAUCGAUCCGCAGAGAGUCCACUCAUUUUCUUCAUUCAAAAACCUGCAACAAAACCAAAAUCUUCCACAUUCUUCUGCGUUUCGGUUGAAGAAAUCUCCAAAAGUUGAAGAACAGGAUGAAAGAAGGCGUAAUCGUGGAAAAUGAUUUUGUGUAUGAUGAAGAGAAACAUCUUACCGUCAUGAAAACCUCUCUGUUCUUUGCUGGCGAUGGCUACACCGUCUACGAUUGCAAGGGCGAGCUCGUCUUCCGAGUCGAUUCGUACGGUCCAGAUCCGCGUGAGAAGGAUGAAAUCGUUCUCAUGGACGCGCCGGGGAAGUGCCUCCUCACUGUCCGCCGAAAGAGGCCGAGUCUGCACCACCGGUGGGAAGGAUACCUAGGGGAGAGAACGGAGGGGCAGAAGCCAAUCUUCAGCGUGAGGCGUUCGUCGAUAAUCGGACGGUCGAGCAUGACGGUGGAGAUGUUGAAGAAUUCCGGCGAGGAGUACCAGAUCGAGGGCAGUUUCGGUAAUCGACACUGCACGAUAUUCAAUGGAGAGAAGGAACCAAUGGCUGAGAUUAAACGCAAAGUAGAUGCUUCCACUAACGUGGUGCUUGGGAAGGACGUCUUCUCUCUCAUCCUCAGGCCUGGCUUUGAUGGGGCCUUCGCCAUGGGAUUGGUGCUCGUCCUUGAUCAGAUCAACGGUGACGAUUUCGAUAAUAACGGUACUGAAAUGGAACACCCCGCAGAGGAUUAGUCCUUUUUUCCUUUUGGAUUUUCUCAUUGUAGAAAUAAUACUGUCCGUUGAUGGGAAAACCCACAGGGGCCAUGCAUAUCAUAUUGUUUUUUCUUUUUCAGUAUAUCUUGUAUCGUUAUUAUAUUAUGGAAAUUUAGUUAGUAAAAAUCCAUCCAAAAAUAAUUUACA